AGUCGCGCAGAUACGGAUGUGAAGAAGGUGUAACAUGCCGUGUAGAGCCGCGGACAGCGACCUUACAGCCUUCUCCCGACCUGUAAAUCCGUAUCUCUGAAAGGGAAGGUAGCUACAGGAAGGGGAAGAGGGUUCGAUCAUGGGGAACGAGGCGAGUAUGGAGGGUGGCGACGGCGCGCUUGCCGGGGAGCUCACAGGACCAGAGGCGGAGCUCAGCCGCCUGAGCGAGGAGGAGCGCAGGAAGCUCAUCAGCACCAUGGCAGAGGCGCAGGCCAGGUCUACAGAGUAUCAGCCAUCUGGAGGACGAGGUUCAGGGGGCCUCAGUAAGAGUCGAACAGUAGAUGCAUUCGGAGAGGGUCCACCUCCCAAGCCAAAGCCAGGACGCAGCCCUUCCUCCCUCAGCCUUCUUGAGUCCCGCUUUCGGCAAGAGCCCAAAGACCCAGAGCAGCCUCGCACUGGCAUGUUUUCCUCAUCCUUUCUAAGUGGGGUUUCUUCAGCUGUUUCUUCUGCCAGUAUCCCCAAAUUCAGCCUUUUUGGUGAUGAUGAAGAAGAUGCAGGCAAACAGGGACCAAAAUCCCCUGGCCCACAGCAAGGCGCAUCCAAAGGACAAGGACCCCCAGGGCAGAAACAGGGAGCUGCACCACAAGGAACUGGGGGAAAACCUGCUGGGCCUUGUCCAGGACCUGGGACUCAACAGCAAGGGUCUAAACCUAAAGACUCUGGGCCCCAGCAACAGGGUCCUGCUAAAGGCCUACCCAAAGCUGCACCUCAGACUGGUGGAACUGCAAAGCCUGGUGGACUGCUUUGUCCAUUAUGUAAAACCACUGAACUAAACUUGCAGGCCAAAGACCAGCCACCCAACUACAGCACUUGCACACAAUGCAAACAACAGGUGUGCAGUCUGUGCGGAUUUAGUCCUCCUGACUCAGAGGGUAAAGAAUGGCUAUGUCUAAACUGCCAAAUGCAAAGGGCAAUGGGGGGCAUGGAACCUCCUGGCCCUCCAAUGAUGAAACAGCCUCCCAAGCAGGCCUCGGCCCCUCCGUCUCCACAGCGGAAGGAUCCACCAACUGGGUUGCCCUCAAAAGAUGAACCAGGUAAGAAGCCUCCAAUGCUGACCAAACAACAAAGCAUGUCAGACACAGGAAAAGGAGCCACUCCACCACCAACUCCCAUACAGAAGACUACUGGUCCAGGGGCACAACAGAAGCCUACUAAAGGCCUGGAGGAAGCUCAAACUGGACCGAAAGGUGGACAGCAGCCACCUCCACUUCAGAAAGCUGAACAAAGUCCAAUGGGCAGUCCCCAACCCUCUCCUGCAAAAACCUCCCAGAAGCAGGAUGGGGGUGGCUUUUUUGGGGGCUUCGGUCUCGGAGGGUUAACAGACAUGACAAAACCUCCUGCAGAGUCGGUUAAAGGGAAAUUGUUCAGUGGUUUUGGCUCAUCCAAAGCACAGACUGGUGCUGCGGCACAGGCAAGUGACUCGGUUACUGGAAAGCUUUUUAGCGGUUUAAGUGGACUGACUGAAACACCAAAGCCACCCGUGGCCACUUCUCAGGCUACUGAGGGUGUGUCUGGAAAGAUGUUUGGGUUUGGUUCAUCAAUCCUUAGCUCAGCCACCAACCUCAUCAGUGGAGAAGAACCCAAGUCUCCUCCAGGGUCAUUGCCUGACUCCCCCAUUGGAUCUGGUUCAAAAUCUACUCCAGGCUCUCCUCUAGAUUCUGCAUCCCCCCCAGAAACCCCACCAGUCUAUUCCAAAGAGCCUGCUUCACCCAAACCUGAGUUCACUGAUGGAAAGGUCCUAACAGAUAAACCCAUCUCAGAGGCUGCAAAAACAAAAGAGCCUCAGACAACAUCCAACUGUCCACUCUGUAAAGUUGAACUGAACGUUGGCUCACCAGAUGCGCCAAAUUACAGCACCUGUACAGAGUGCCAGAAAAUGGUGUGCAACCUUUGUGGUUUCAACCCCAUGCCACAUCUCUCAGAGAAUGAGUGGCUUUGUCUGAACUGCCAGACCCAAAGGGCUCUCUCUGGACAACUUGGAGGGGAUAUGCCACCCCCACCUUCUCCUUCAAAGAUACCAGCUAAAUCCCAACCUACCCCUCCUUCUUCCACAGCCAGAACUGUUUCGUCAACUCCUUUACCCCCAUCUCCUUCUCCUGUCACUUCUUCCCCAUCCAAAGCGCUUGUCCGUACCCCUAGUGUAACUCAGCCUCCAGCUGACAAGUCUGAGCAUGAUUCAGUCACAUCUGAUGCUAAGCUUGUAGUAGAGUCAGCUGCAGUGAAACAGGACAAGGACAGCACACAGAAAACAGAAGAUGCUGCUAAGCCUGGGGAAGACAAAGAGAUUCUAAUAAAACCUAAAAACAAAGAAAGUGUCAGUCAAGAGAAUAGCCUAACAAGUCCUUCAGAUUUGGCCAAGUUAGAGAGUUCUGUUCUUCCGAUACUUGCAGCACAAGGAACAUCCACUAAAGAUCAAUCACAAUGUGAGUCAGCCGUCAUCGCAUGCCAACAGGAGGUGUCCACAGAGGAGUCUCCAAAACUCACCUCAGAGGAAGACAUUUACAGAAAUGCUCAAGAAGAAGUGAAUGAUGCUGCAGGCUCUAAAAAAGUGAGGAAAAAGCUACUUGUGCCAACAGAGCUUAAACAGAAUUUUCUGGAGGACAGUAGUGAGGGAGAAUCUUCACCUCUCAAUGAGAAUGAAAAUAAACCAGGUGAAGUAAAAGAUAUCGGAAGGGACAGUGCAGGGUCAGGAGAUAAAGAGAUUGUGGCAAUAAAUACUCAUGAGGAUGUAUCACCACCUGUUGAGGAGAACCUUACUAAACAAAAAACACUUGAUCAGGAAAAUAAUAUACUAGAAGAAGAUGUAAAGAAGGACAUCAAGAAGAAAGAGUCAGGCAAGGCAAGGGGUCUUGUCAAAAACAGUAGUAUUAACCCUGAAGAAGAAGUAGACUACAAAAGUAUCAUUUCUGUGGCUAAAAUUGAGGAACUAAGUAAAAGGGAGCAGACCUCCGAAGACAAUGGUGCUGGGAUUCGCCAUUUCAAAACAAUUGAGCUCAACACUGUGGCCACUGUCCGUCAGGCUUCAGAUGAUGGUGAACCUGAGAGCCUUACAGAUUCCCCUGAUGACAGGUCUAGAGGGGAGGGCUCCUCAAGCUUACAUGCAUCUAGUUUUACUCCAGGCACUUCUCCAACCUCACUAUCUUCUCUUGAUGAAGACAGUGAUAGCAGCAGUCCAAGCCAUAUUAAAAGCAAUGGAGAAGGCAAACAGCACAGGAAAGCCAAGCAUCGGCAGCCAGGCCAAAUGCUACCUACCAUUGAAGAUUCAUCAGAAGAAGAUGAAUUGCGGGAGGAAGAAGAGCUCUUAAAAGAACAGGAGAAGCAAAAGAAUUCCAGUAAGAAAUCAAAGAAGGAUAAAGAGGAAAUACGAGCACAGAGAAGACGAGAGCGACCAAAGACUCCACCAAGCAACCUUUCACCAAUUGAAGAUGCUUCUCCAACAGAGGAGCAGCGGCAAGAAGCAGAGAUGGAGGAAUUCCGUAGAUCCUCCUGCUCGGAUUUUUCCCCAAGCAUGGAAUCUGAGCCAGAAGGGUUUGAGAUUCUUCCAGAGAAGAUUGCUGCUGUUCAAAAAGUAUAUCAUCUGCCAACAUCUGUCUCUUUGUAUUCUCCAACAGAUGAACAACAUGCUAAUAACCAAUCCAGGGAAAUCAUGGAAAAUCAGCCUUUGCACACUUCACAUGGCCCUUAUGAGGAGAUAAUGCUCAGAACAAAGUCUCCAACUAUGGAGGAUAUUCCACCUGGAAAAGAGUCUCUAUAUGGUGGAAUGCUAAUUGAAGAUUAUGCCUAUGAGUCACUGGUUGACGAAACACAUGUAGAGAAAGAACAAGAUAAGAAAAUGUCUUUACCUGAGAAAGCAAGAAAACUUAGAUCACCAGAUGAAGUAUAUGAGGAUAUGAUGCAGAUAAAGAAAGAGAUGUUGCUUAAAGAGAAACAGCUAAAAGAAAAUAACACUGUGAAAGAAUUCCACACAAUAGACACAACUGAAGAUGAUGUCUUUUCUUGUACCAAAGACACACCUGUCACAAGGCAAGAGACCAUCUCCACAAGCAUUUCUGGCCAGUUUGGGAAGGAUGGGAAACCACUGUUAAAUGCAGAAGAAGCCUAUGAGGAACUUAUGAAAAAACAGAGAGCAGUCCUGACACCAGGCACCAGCCCAACACAAACAAUUUCUGAUUUCAGUGACAAAGCACAGGAAAUAGAGGUUACUACCUCUGCUACAACAGGGACAUUUCCUCAAAGAAGAAUUCUCUCUAUUCCGGAUUUGACAGUGACUCAGUGCUCCUCAGGGGAAGAGGAAUCUGGUGAAGAGAGCACUGCAGAUCAAAAUCAGGACGAAAAAACAGUUCCAGUUUUUACAUCGGCUUCAGCUUCUGCCCCUGUUGCAGUGACUGAGUCAACAUCAUUUGCUGUCAAGUUACCUCAGGAAAGAACUAAACCUUCAGUUUCAAUGCCAGCUUCAGAGCCUGUCAUGGAUUCCAUUUCAUCAAGGGCAGAAACAACAUCACAGCCAGUGUCAUCACAGGCCCCCAUGACGGAACCUACAGACCAGCCUGGCAUUGUCGAUUUGUCAAAGACUUCAACCUUGGCUCAAGAGACUUCUUCACCUUCUCAGAUUCCUAGUGUAGUUUCUAGACCUUCUGUUCCAGUGACAUCACCUUUACCCACUGUACCACAAUAUGCGCCAACAGUACCCAGUGUAAUAUCAACUGCCCCACCUGUCCCUCCCAAGCCAGUAGCUCUACGUAGAACUGUGUCUCAGGAAAAACCAGAUAUUCCUGCUCCCCCUCCUCUGCCACCACCUACUCUACCUAAGCCUGCUCUUUAUCCCAAAAAGAUUCCACCUCAGGUUCCACAAAAAACUGUUCUAGCUGGUAUUCCAAGUACAGGUCCAAAUGCACAAAUGAGACACUCUAUGGCACCAAAUAACAAGCCACAUGCUCCUCCUCCUGUCCCACCAAAGCCAUCCACAAUCCCUGCAGGCCUGGCAUUCAGCCAUAGACCAGUGGAGACAGUCAAGCCUCCAAUAGCUCCAAAACCCAUGUCAAAUGCCCAACCACUUUCUUUUAUUUAUUCUCCUGUCAGACCAAGCAUACUCCCAACAAGCAGUGAAGAUGGUGUGUUGAAUCUGAGUCCUGCAUCUGAGAUAAAAACAGGGCCUACAUCACCAAUAAAAACCCCUACAUCUCCUAGGUUUGGGAAGUCAUUAUAUGAUACUUAUGUGGUUAUAACUCUGCCAUCCCAACCUGGUUCACCCAUAGAAGGUGUGACAACCCAAGCCCCAACUUCUGAUCCCUCAUCACCUAGCAAACAGUAUCAUUUACAGUUUGAUUUUCAAUCACAGCCACAAACACAAUUGCCACCACAGCCACAAAUAACCAGAGUACCAUUAGCUUUCACAAAAAUAACAGAAUCCAUAGAAAGGCAAGAAAUGUGUGAUCCAGAAACGGUCAUUUCAAGCAUGAGCCAUGUCUUUGAGGCAAUUUCAGCUGCACAGCCCUCAUCUGUAACUCAAAAUGUUGAUGUCCAGGUAGUAACUACUGAAGUCCAAAGAACAACAGUGUCUGUUAUGCAUGGAAAAACACCUCCUCCACCUACAACUCCAAGAGCUUUUGGUAUACCAGCAGUCCCAGCAGUGCCAGUAGCAGUACAGAAUGGACAUGCUUAUCAUUCUGGAGUGAUUGUUGAUCUGUGCACUCCAAAAUCAAAUGCAGAGAUUUGCAUGAAAGGUAUAGAUCUGUCAUCAUCAGAGUCACAACGGCAGUCCUUCCUGGCUGAUGGGCGACAGCAAAGUGCAGUCCAGUCAUCUGUAAUAAACUUAAGCACUGAUACUUCAUCAGUGGACAGCAUGUCCAUCGUUACUUGUACAGCUACUAUAGCAUAUGGCAACAAUAAUCUUUCUCAUGCCACUUCAUUGCCUCUACAACUAACAACAGCUAAAUCCUUUGAACCCGUUUCCCAAAUUAUUUAUCGUCCUGUUGAUUCUCAGCCAGAAAAACCAAUAAACCUUUCCACAGCUCUAGGCAAAUCACAUUGUGUUCCUGUUACAACAGCCCCUACAAUUGCAAACAAUAUUGUUUACACAAGUAUUCCACCUCAACUUGAAACUUGUGAAUCUUGUGUAGUCGACCUCACAACAGUUAAACCAGUACAGACUAUGGUGUCUGUAGAUCGGUCAUCUUCAGAAGUGGUUACAACAGUGAUCACAGAGGAUGAUGGCAAGCCAGUAGACCUAACAGCAGGAAGACGGGCAGUGUGUUGUGACGUAGUGUACAAGUUUCCAUUUGCUGGUAGCUGUGCCACUCAGCAACCCUCAGCUCCAUUGCCAGAGGAUCGUUUUGGCUACAGAGAUGACCACUACCAAUAUGAUCGUUCUCCAUAUGGCAUGAGAGGACUUGGUGGAAUCAAGCCUUCCAUGUCUGACACAAAUUUGGCAGAAGCUGGCCUCUUCCUGUACAAAAGUAAGAAUAGAUUUGACUACAACAGGGAAAUGGAGGGUGCUGUAGACCUUACAUCUGGAAAAAUGUCUAUAGCAGGUGAAGCUGUGGAUUACUCAAGCAAAGCUACAGGUGUAUUUACUGGAGUUACACUCCCACAAUACUCCCAAGCCAGAAUAACUGUUGCUGUUGGAACUCACUUUGGAAGUUCUAGUGUUCUGAGAUCUUCAAAUGGUGUGGUUUAUUCUUCUGUAGCAGCACCAGUUCCUUCUACAUAUGCUAUAACUACACAACCUGGAUCAAUUUUUAGUACAACGUACAACUCCCUUUCAGGCAUGCAUACAAGUGACACAAUGCCAUCAUUAUCAAAUCUGCAAAAUCACCCUCUCACUAGAUCACAAAGUUUCUUUUCCACUAUUGCUGUGACUACAGCAGAGGAAGAAAACAUGCCUUUGAACCUGGAGAUUAGUGUUUCUAAGGAUAUUUUCUCUAGUGGUCAAACAGAGAAAGCUCCAAUGAUAACCACAGCAGCAUCAAUGGACUACACAGAAGCCUCACUAGAGGCAAUUGCGGCAUCACUAGAAGCUCUCUCUUCACCCAUGAUUCCAGGUGAUGAAAAGUAUCAGAUGGAACGUGAGCUUCUUGAGCUGGAGAAGAUAAAACAGCAACGUCUUGCUGAAGAACUAGAAUGGGAAAGGCAAGAAAUUCAGCGCUUUCGGGAACAGGAGCAACUUCAAGUUCAGAAGGAGCUAGAGGAACUCCAGGUCAUGAAGCAGCAGAUCCUGUAUCAACAAGAGGAAGAGAGGCAAGCUCACCUCAUGAUGCAAAAAGAGACAUAUGCGCAGCAACAGGAACAGCUGGAACAGAUUCAGAGACUCCAAGAGCAGCUGAGGCAGCAACUGGAGGAGCAAAAGUAUAGACAAAUGUAUCCAGGUGAGAUCCAAGAGCAGACACUUGGUCAAAUUGUAGGGACAGACAAAAAGAUGGACAGUGGUUGUCAGACUGAUGAAGAAGACAAUACAGAGAAAGCUUACUCUACAGGAAGAAAAAAGAAGAAUGCCAAGAAGAGUGUAGAUAGUUGUGUACAAACAGAUGAUGAAGACCAAGAUGAGUGGGAGUUUCCCACACGUGGCAGACGUAGCAGACCUCGAGGUGGUAAAUACAGUUCUGGUGAUAGUUGUGGAGUUUCAGUGCAGGCACUUACCGAAAUUUCUGUACAGACAGAUUCCUCAGGAACACUUAAAGGACACACUGUGCAGACGGACACUAGAAUUGAUUUUCCUAACGCUGAUAGAACUUCCUCUCCUAAGAGACGCCCCACUCCUUUAGAAAUUUGCCAGUCUCCACAUCUCAAAACAGAUAACUCCUGUCUACAGGUUUCUCCUGUUCCCCCCAAAUCCCCCAAAGUCCUUUAUUCACCAGUAUCUCCUUGUAUGUCCCCUAGUAAAUCCCUUGAAUUUGUUUCCUAUGAAAAAUCAAGUGGAGACUCCAGCCCACAGAAAAUAUGUUGUGCAGAUCCAUCCAAAGUGGUCCCUGGAAGUCCAAGGGCAAAGGUCAUGCAGCGGUCACUGUCUGACCCAAAACCUAUGAGUCCUACUUCAGAAGAGAGAGCGGCCAACUUCCAAUAUUCUGAGGGUUACUCUGGUAAAGGAUCUCCAAAUAGCACUCCCACUGGUACUCAAAAGAAAGUGAAGCGAACACUUCCUAACCCACCUUCAGAAGAGGAGCCUGGCAAUGCUGGCCAGACAGCAUACAGCACUGCCUCUGCCCGUCGCCGCCUUUGUCGAAGCUCCAACAUGGCAAGGGCAAAAAUCUUGCAGGAUAUUGACCGUGAACUGGAUUUAGUAGAACGGGAAUCCUCUAAACUUCGUAAAAAACAGGCCGAAUUGGACGAAGAAGAGAAAGAGAUUGAUGCUAAACUGCGCUAUCUGGAGAUGGGGAUCAACAGAAGGAAAGAUGCUUUGCUCAAGGAAAGAGAGAAAAGGGAAAGGGCAUAUCUGCAAAGUGUUGCAGAGGACCGUGACUAUAUGUCUGACAGUGAAGUGAGCAAUAUACGAGAGACAAGAAGAAGUGAUGGUAGAGAGGAAGUGAGUGGACUUGAACUUGAAAGACCUCACACUGCUCCGCAAUCAGAACUAGAUGAGUUUGUUCCUCCACAGACUAAAUAUGAGUAUGGCAAAUACUCUCAGUAUCAUUACCCACAAUAUCAGCAGUCCCUGUACCAGGCUCAACAGCCCUUCCAGUCCCAAUCCAUUUAUUCUUCUGUACCCUCUCUCACUGCUUCACAGCAGCAAAGCUACCACCAGAUGCUACUACUACAGCAAAAAGCAAGACAACAAGCUGCACUAUUGUCUGAACUUGAUGCCACCAAAGUGUCCACCAACUAUGAAAACUCAUCCUAUUUGGGAGGAAAGUAUGGCAAUCACCUUGAUCUGCAUGGCCUGGAAGACCGUGGAGGCAGCAUGGCAGGAAGUCCCAUGUCCAAUGUGUCUGCAGACUCUUUCUAUGCUGACUUAGAUCAACAUCACCAAACACCCAGAAGUUACCUGCUCCUAGAAGAUGCAACUGAGCUUAGCAAGAGCACAGCUCUUUCAUCUACCAGUUAUGGAAUUGCUGAGAGGGAACUCGCCAAAGCAGAGUGCCUGCUGAGACGCACAGCAGCAGAUGUUGGCACUGAUUACCUUGCCAGUUCCUCAAGACUUCAUUCCUAUGGAAAGGCUCAAGAUGAUGAGGACCCAAUGGAAGAACCAUAUGAGUUGAAGCUUCUAAAGCAGCAAUUGAAGCAGGAGUUUAGGAGGAGCACAGGAGGGACUGAGAGCUUAGAGCAAUUAGCUAGCCUCUCACAUCACUAUACUUCUAACACAGGUGUAACUAGUGGAGGCUACAGGGCUUUCCCCAAGACAGAGAAGUACAGCAUAAGUAGAUUAACUUUGGAAAAGCAGGCAGCUAAACAGCUUCCAACAUCCUUGCUCUACCAGAAACACAAAAGUACAAGCAACAUUGGAAAAUACUCUAUCCAGGAUAGUAGGGGUUUAGACACAGAUUAUAGCAGCUACUUGGGAUCUAGUGGUGCCUCACCAAGAUCAAGCAGAUUAUUACAGGAUGAAAUCACUUUUGGGCUUCGUAAGAAUAUUGCAGAGCAGCAAAAGUACCUGGGCUCAUCUCUAGGGGUCAAUUUGGCGGGUUCACUUAACUUAGGCCAGAGUCUUAACUUGAGUUCUGGUGUAAGGUCAACUCUGGGAGAGGACUCUGCUUAUCCAAGUGGGAGCCGCUCCCGGCCUUCUUCUAGGCCUUCAUCUAUGUAUGGCCUGGAUCUGUCUAUCAAACGGGACAUCUCUAGCUCCUCCUUGAGGCUCAAAUCAGAGGGUGACACUUCCUCAGAGACUGCUGCCUAUCAGGCACCAUCAGGUAGGACAAAGCCUACCAGCUUGCCUAUUGGUCAGGGUGGGCGUGGGCGAAUCCCAAUUGUGGCACAAAACUCUGAGGAAGAGAGCCCACUGAGUCCGGUGGGUCAGCCGAUGGGUAUGGCACGGGCAUCUGCAGGUCCGCUCCCGCCUAUAUCCGCCGACUCCCGUGACCAGUUUGGGUCAUGUCUCUCUCUUCAGGAUCCUCAGCAGCAGCACCUCAGGGAGGACCCUACUAGAGGACGCAGCUAUAUGCUCAUAGAUGACCUGCAGGGCACAAUGUCUGAUAGUGAAGCACUAAGUGAAUCCCUGGUGGGUCUGAACAGAGACGAUCCAGGAAACACACAUGAAAAUGUCACAGACGCAUACCAUCUCCGUCGGGAGGAGACUGACUGGUUUGAUAAACCACGAGAGGAUGGACAGGGUCUGGACUGGAGACAGAUGAAGUCCCAGCAGUACCCAUUUUCCCAUUCAAGAAUAAAGCUUCAAAGGGAUCCUAAGGACCGCAGUGUGUCAGGCAACGGACUGGGCAUUCGCAUAAUCGGGGGUAAAGAGGUUCCAGGCAGUGACGGGGAGAUUGGAGCAUAUGUGGCCAAAGUCUUACCUGGGGGAGCAGCAGAACAGUCUGGAAAGAUUGUAGAAGGAAUGCAGGUCCUGGAAUGGAAUGGCAUCUCUUUGUCUGGCAAAACCUACGAGGAGGUUCAGGGAUUGGUCAGUCAGCUAUGUGCAGAAGCAGAGCUCUGUGUCAGACUGGAUCUGAACAUGCUGUCAGACUCCGAGGGCUCCCACUUGGACCUUCAUGAGCAGACCAAAGCAGAACGGCCACCAAGGUCUCCAGGUGUUGACCCCAAGCAAUUGGCUGCAGAGCUUCAAAAGGUGUCUCAGCAGCAGGCGCCCAGCUCCACAGCCUCCUCACUGACGGCACUGGACAAAUCCUCGGCUUCAGGAGCUUCCAGCUCUGUGCCAAGCCCCGGGCAGCCUGCUUCACCUUCCGUUAGCAAGAAACGUCACAGCAAGACCUCAGAAGCUGCAAAAACCCAGUCUCACCCAAUCACAGGAGAGAUCCAGCUUCAAAUCAAUUAUGACAAGCAGCUGGGCAACCUCAUUGUUCAUGUUCUCCAAGCACGCAACCUGGCACCACGGGACAACAACGGCUACUCUGACCCCUUUGUAAAAGUCUACCUGCUGCCUGGAAGAGGUCAGGUCAUGGUUGUGCAGAAUGCCAGCGCUGAGAACAAAAGAAGAUCCAAACAUGCCCAGAAGAGCUUGAACCCUGAGUGGAAUCAAACUGUUAUCUACAAGAACAUCCAUUUGGAGCAGCUGAGGAAGAAGACAUUAGAGGUCAGUGUAUGGGACUAUGACAAGUGCUCCUCCAAUGACUUCCUGGGAGAGGUGCUGAUAGACCUGUCCAACACUGCUCAGCUGGAUAAUGUGCCCCGAUGGCUGCCUCUGAAAGAGCAGUGUGAAGGAGAGCACCACCGGCGUUCACACUCAGGCCAGGGACGCCAACAUUCAUCCAAAACGGCCAGCGGGCACUCCCCGAAAACAUCUGGGCACAGCAGUCAGGACUCACCUAAAUCCUCUGUCAUUAAGAGUCGCAGCCAUGGCAUCUUCCCCGAUCCUGCCAAGGAUACACAGGUUCCCACUAUUGAGAAAUCUCACAGUAGCCCCAGCACGUCGAAGCCAUCUCCCUCCGAGGGCCAAAACCGCUCCCAUGGAACCCCACGCGCUCAUGGCAAAAGUGGUGCAUCCCGGGCACACCCUGACGACUCCAAGGCAACAGCUGAAGCUGCCAGUGAACAGCAUCGCCUCCAACCAACCCAAACUGGCUGCCUCUCCCUGAGGCAACAGAGGCACAGCGUAGCAGGUGUACUCACCCUACAGGCAGCCUUGUCCAACACACCUGGCAAUGAGAUCACUGACGUCCGUCACCUGACCCUCCGAAAAGCCAUGUCGGAAGAAAGACCUCAGCGGGAUAGAGUGUCCCGCAGCCAUAGAUCUGCUGAUGCUCCUGUUACUGCAGCCUCACUGGACAGCGGUCUGAGUGGCAGCGCCUUCAGUCUAUUGGAAGAAGAAGGAGAGACCAACGGAGUGGACAGCGCCAUCUUCCAGGUUCCACGAUUCGGAAAGAUUCCGAAUGGGACUGACGUCGUAAUGUCGAUACAUGGAGAAACAGAGGGUAAAACCCAGGUCAUGGGGGAGAUAAAGAUCGCUCUGAAGAAGGAGAUGAAGACUGAGGGAGAGCAUCUGGUACUGGAGAUCCUUCAGUGUAGAAACAUCACGUACAAAUUUAAGACUCCUGACCACCUGCCAGACAUGUACGUCAAGCUCUAUGUGGUGAACAUAGCCACACAGAAGAGGAUCAUUAAAAAGAAAACUCGGGUGUGCCGUCAUGACCGUGAGCCGUCCUUCAACGAAACCUUCCGUUUCUGCAUGAACCCUACUGGACAUUCCAUUCAGCUCUUCCUGGUAUCAAAUGGGGGCAAGUUUGUGAAGAAGACUCUGAUCGGUGAGGCCUAUGUGUGGCUGGACAAGGUGGACCUGAGGAAGAGAGUGGUCAGCUGGCACAAGCUGCUGGCCACAACAGCCCAGAUCCAGUCCUAGAGGAAGCAGAACUGAGCACUAUAGUUUAACAUUCACACACACACACUCACAUACACACAAUCACACACUCUACAGCCUGUAGAAAAGCUACUACACUGAUAAUCUUAGUCCCAUGUCAGGGAUUAUGCUAAUCUGCAAUGGGGUGAGGUGGGGAACAGGGAGCAGGAAGUGUGCUGCUUACGUAAGUGUUUCCUGCAUUUACACUGACGUGCAUGGGGUUAAAGGUCAGCCUUAAGUAGGAAGUAGAGCAAACUAAGAUGGAAGGGUUGUGUAAAUGUUGAGCUGAUUUCCAUACAUCUGUAUACACGCACACACACACACUCACCUGAGUGUAUGUGUGUGAGAGAGUACACAUAUUUGUAUCAACAUAAAUAGUCACCGGUCUACAAAAGACAGGACAAGAAUGAAUAUGUUAUGUUCAUUCUUCUUGCAUUGCACACUUCUUACAUUUUCUUCUUCUUCUUCUUCUUCUUCUUUGUCUUCUUUUUUUUUUUGGGACAUCUCACUGCCAAGUUCAGGUUUUAGAGCACCUCACACAGAGAAAUGAUCUAUCAUAGAAGUAUAGAAUUAUAUCAUAUAAACUUUAAUUAUCACUCUUAGAAGGAUUUAUUUAUGAUAGUUUGCAGACGGUAGAUGAAAGAUAUUGUAUUAUUUUUGUAUGAUAGAUCCAUUAUUAGAGUCACAUUUAUCACUUCGUUCUCUCUCUCUCUCUCUCUCUCUCUCUCUCUCUCUCUCUCUCUCUCUCACUCUGUCUCUCUUUCUCUCUCAGAUGUUAUAAUGUGUUGGAAGAAGAGAUCAUAAUAGUGGAUUUAAGCUAUAUUUUGAAAUAUUUUAUAGAUAUCAAUAGCUAAAAUCUGAUUUAUGUGGUGUUGUAGAAAUAUGUUUGGCUGGUGUCUACUCAUAUUUCCUUGCACAGAAAGAGAACUGAUGCCCUUGUGACAUUCAAUCUGAAUUUGGUUGAGUUAGAUCUCUCUUUUUUGAAUGAACCAUUCUGUUGAAAUGUGGCUCUUCGGGAUUUAAGUCUACCAGAGAAAAUUCUUUGGCUUCACUAAGGUCAUAAAAUCCCAUGGAGAAUCAUACAGAUCUUCUCAGAUCAUCUUUCUAAUUGGCUCCUCUCUUUAUUUCCGUAGAUGAAUGUUGCCAUAAGAUGUUAAAAACAUUCAGGUAAAAAAAUAAAUAAAUAAAUAAAUAAACAUUCUUAUAGAUGUUUUGCACUUUGUCUCUAGCAUGUCUUGAAUGUAAUGUUCCAUAGUGUAAGAUAAUUUAGAGAUGGGCAGAUAAGCAAUUUCCCUAAAAUCCCAGUCGAGUGUUGCCAUGCUUGUUCCUAUUACCUCAAUUCCUUAAAUAGUCACUUAAUCAAAAUUCCCAGACUGAAUGUGGUGAGCUAUCGUAAAGCUUAAGCACAAUGAUUAGUUGAAUUAGUUGUAUUAGGUCUAAGAAAAAAAAACCCUGCCAGGUCCACUGGGUCCUGUGAAGCACAGCAAGGGGUCUGCAUUAUAUAAGUAUAUAUAAUUGGAUUUUUUUUAGUUAUUAGCCUGUUUAAAUGGUCUUUUGGGUUGAAUCCAAAUAUCAGUAACUCCAUAAGUAAGUCCAUAAAUAAUACUAAUUUGAAUCCAACAAUUAUUUGAAUGAAUUGACUGACUCUUAUAACGAUGUUUUUGAGUGGAAAGUUCAGGAUUAACAAGUUGUCUGGCUUCUAAUGAUCAAAUAUAUUAUUGAUAUAAUAUUAUAAGCUUAUUAGGAAUCUAAUAUUAUAUAAUUUAUAAAAAUGAAUCUGUACUGAAAGGAUCAGCUUGGCAAAUGCUCACAUAAGUUGAGUCAAGACAAGGACUGGGUCUGUUUUUUAUUUUUGAUAUUUUUUUACUGGAUAUCAAACUCAGUGUCUUUAUUAUUUUCCGAAACUCUGUUGCCAUAUUCUGUACGCAGACGUGCGCACUUACAUAAUGUGCCAUGUGUAAGGUGUUUUGUUGUUUUUAUUUAAACCGCUUCAACUGUCUUGAUUAGUGGAUGCCAUAGUCAUUAUAGUCAUUAACCUGGAUAUAUCAUAACCAGACUCAUUAGUUCAUUUGGUACAGAAAUACAAAUACGAAGGCUUGGUUAUAGGGAACUUUUAAUCUGUGUCAUACUUUGGCCAUAUCCACAGGAUGUAAGCGAUUCUAUGCAACCUACAUGCAUCUGGUAUAUCAACAAUUUAUGUGUCAGAGAAAGCAUUAUGAAUAAGAACUCUUUUUUAUAUUUUUCUAUGCUUUUAUGUAUGCUUUUUUUGUUUGUUUUAUUUUUUUAUUUAAAGGCCUGAUUACUGAAAAAGUUAUGGCUAUGAAAUUUCUGUUAUGUCAUGCUGCACUAAAUAUGAAGAUAACACAUCGAACCUUUACACUACCUUAACCUUCAUCCAAGAGCUAGAUUCCAAGAAAGUUCGGAUGUAUAUACAUUAAACAUAAAUAUCGACGUGUCUUGUGGUGGGUGAUGUACAUUGUGUGUUUACAAAGGUCUCGUAAGCACCUUUAACAUUUAAACAUAGCAUCAUCGGUUAGCAACGUUUAUCGCCCAUGUCAUGUAUGAAAUUUUUGUUAGAACGUUCAUGUACAAACAUAUGCACCAACUGAAACGUAGUCCAUGCAUAUGUUUUCUUUAUCCAAAUAUUAAUAUUCAUAUCUAUUCAAUCACGCUCCUGAUUUCAAGAUUCAGUGCAUGUUUUCCCACUUCACCACUGACAUAGUAAAAAAAUAAAAGUAUUUCUUAUCCUGUAAAUAAAACAAAGCUUUCUUUUAUACACAUAGGAUUUUUUUUUUUUUUGUUAAUUUUCCAGUUCAGUACAAAAAGCAUGUGUGAAAGCAAACAGCAGAGAGUGAGAGAGACACUCUUAAACACAUGCGCUACGUGGAAGGAAAAUCUCCACACUUUGCCUAUGACCAACCCGACCCAACCUGCACAACAGACACAGAAUUAAACUGUGAUGAGAAACUUGACCCUGUUCACGCUGGUAGUAUCAGGACACCUGUGAUGUACUCACUUUGGAUGUUGCAUGUUUUGUUGGUGAUUUGUUCAUACUAUUUUUGUGUCCAGAUUCUGCUCUACGAAAAGAAAGACAAUG